CAAAACUAGAGUCCAGUUUUCAAGGUCCCUACCAUAACAGCGAUUGCUCUUCUUUUAGUUCUCCAGAUUAAAUUGUUAAGUUUAUUGACCAACUCACUUUCGGAGGAUGAAGAUGAAAAAGAUCUUCACGAUAUCGCUGGCUUUUUUGUGUUUCUCUGUAUGGGGAUUUGGAUUCUCGUAUGGAGCUGGAGUUGAAAACAGAAAGAAUGAUUGGGUUAAGGAAAAUUCUGUAGAAACUUUUGCUCAAACAGAAAAGAGGUUUAAGAAACUUGUAAAUACAGGUGUUAAAAUGGCGUUACCUUAUUUGAUUGAUACAGCAACUGAAAUAAGAAUAAACAGUAAAUGCAUGCAAGGACUGUUGAUGCUGAUGAAAGGUGUGAUGGACAUUAAAGAUUGGGCAGUUAAAAUGGUGGAUGCCAUUGGAAAACCUUCUGCUGGGAUUCUAGAAGGAACAGCCACUGCGUUGGGAGAUUAUGAUGAAUGCCUUAGUAUAACAGUACCGAGAAGGAUGCGUCCAAUUCCAGUUCCUCCAUACAAACCGCAUCAAAUCGCUUUUCAUGGAAAAUACUGCGUCGUUCAAAUCCAUUUGCCAGAUGCAAUACGAAAAGCAGCCAUGGCUUACCAAGCAGGAAACAGAUCACAUUCUGAAUUGGCAAAUUCAAAGACGUUUUUACGAAAUCUGGUGAAAAUAGCUCCAAGAGCAGAUGUAGCUGAGCUUCGACUUGGUGUCUGCAUUCCAUCUGUCUGUGAUACGAAAGAUCUGCAAACCAUUGUAAAUGAAAUUUCAGCUAUGGUUCGAUUUUCAGCUACUGCAUUGCGAUGUGAAACAGACGAGCCAAGACCAAUAAAACUGGAACAAGUUGCAGUUCUUUGUGCGAUUGGUUUCCUAGUGCUUCUUGUUAUGGCUGGAACUUCGUUAGAAAUUCUCCACCGCUUUCGAACAGGGGAAACAAUGAACGAUGCAAUGUUACAAAAUGAAAGUUUUUUCGCAAAAUUUUUCCUAGCAUUUUCUGUUGGAAAGAAUACUCGAAAAUUAUUCUCUUUAGAACCGAGUGACACGCCUAUGAUAAGCAGCAUAAGAGGAAUAAAAGUUGUGUCUGCCUGCCUCUACAUUGUCGUGUGGACAUAUGCCACUCCAAAUGAUUUCCAUUUUUUCAAAUACCGAAGCGCUUUUCAAUUUUUCAAGUUCUUUGAAGAAUGGUGGUUUACAAUCUUUGCGAACGCCUCAGCUGGAGUAGAUUCCCUAUUUUUUAUUGCAGGAUUGCAAGUUACCUAUAGAUUAUGGUGGAAAAGCCAGAACCGUAAUAUCAACAUAAAUAUUCCGAAAUUCAUUUUGAAAUGGUAUAUCAGAUUUACAUUGUCACAGGUGAUAGUGAUCGGAUUACUUAUGUGCUUACCUUUGUUGGGAUAUGGACCCAUAUGGGGAGAUGUUGUGGCUCCCGUAAUAGAAAACUGCAAGCAAAGAUGGUGGAUGAAUAUUCUAGCAAUCAACAACUUCUUUUCAUCAGAUAUAACAUGUCUACCGCACACCUGGUUAAUAUGUUGCAUGAUGCACUUAUUCAUUGUAGCUCCUGUAAUAUUUUUAAUUCUUAACAAAUCGACUCCUAUUGGAAUCUUCGUAAAUGUGAUGCUAAUUUUGGGAAGCGGUGCUGCCAUUGCCAUAGUCACACUCAUGAAUGAAUUUCCUCCAGCACCAGCCUUCUACUUCCUGAGUUUCAUUAACAUCAAAACAGUGUGGGAAAAAUUAUUCAUCCAAGCAUAUGACCAUGUAGGUUCCUUUUGCAUAGGAAUUCUUUUAGGAUUUUUCUUCAACAAAUAUGAAAAGGUUCAGCUUAAAAAGAAAUUAGUUGUUUUCGGCUGGUGCAGUGCCAUCAUUUGCAAUUUGGCUGUCAUGUGCGGUCUCUAUGGAUACAGACAUGGAGAACCUAUGGAAAUCACUCUAUCAGCCAUCUAUGCAGCUGUACAUAGAGUUGUAUGGUCUGUUGGAAUUGCUUGGAUCGUUUUUGCAUGCGCUUAUGGUUAUGGAGGUUUUGUAAACAGUAUUUUAUCAUGGAAAUUGUUCAUUCCCUUCGAAAGAUUAGCUAAUCUCAUAUACCUCCUCCACCCUCUCAUCUUAUUUCUGCAUGAAGGACAACUCAGAGAAAGAAUGUACAUGGCUCAUUUAGAUCAGGCGAUGUAUGCUACAGCUUGUAUCGUCUUCACAGUAGCCAUAGCAUGUAUUUGCUAUGUUACAUGCGUUGCUCCAUUUCUUUACUUUGAAAAAUACAUGUGGUACUACACUUCGAAACCAAAAUGCAGCAUUGAAUCUAAUGGAAAGCCUAUCACAAAAAUCAAAGAAGGUUUGCCAUCCAAUAAUAUUGAUAUCUGUCAAGAAAAAUUUGAAUAUUUUAGGAACUCCAUCAGAGUUCAUGGAAGACAAGAAAAAAUAUUUAAGACUUAAAAGUAAAUUGAAACAAACAAUUUCUUUGUAUAUAGUGUACAUAUUCAUGUAUCAUCCUUCGAUUAAAAACAAUUUACAUCAUUAA